AUGGCGAAUGUAUUCGGUUCGACAUGGCGCUCCUUUUGGCAUACCAUGACCUCCUAUGAUCGUCAUGCCUCUCACGACUCUCCCUACCGUACCGGUCGACACGUCCCUCUCAGUCAAAGCCGCCAUGAACCUCUCACCUCCAUUGCCACCAGUGCCAUCGAAUCUCGUCCAGAUCUCUCUAACCCAUACGACGAUGAGUCCUCCAAGGGCCUGGCGACCGCCCAAUCCACCGAAUUCAACGGCUCCCCGACCGACCCUGGUUCCCCUAACCGCCCUUACUCGCCCGGCAUGAGAUCCACCGCUUCUAAACGGAGGUCGAAUGAUCAGGAAGCGGGAGAAAUUCAGAUGCAAAGUUUCCACGACGGUGCGCCGCCGCCGCCGCCUGUCGCUCACUCCUGGCGAAAGAUUGAGCGGUGGCUGGAACACAACUACGAGGAAUUAUUGGACAACCUCGGCGAAGGAUGCACACAGAACGAUAUUAACGAGUUGGAACACGAGUUGGACUGCAGUCUGCCACUCGAGUUGCGGGAGUCUUUGAUGAUUCACGAUGGUCAGGAGCGCGGAGGUCUGCCUACCGGUGUUAUUUUCAGCUCCAUGCUGCUGGACUGCGAAGAGAUUGUGCAGGAGCGUCACAACUGGAAGACCGUCAAUGAAGAGUUCCUCAGCGCCGCCAUGAUGUCGACUCCCGUGUCCAGUUCCGCUGCCAGCUCGUCGGCCGCACCCCCUCAAUCCGGUACGACAUGGAGAAACGAGUUGCUCGAUCGUCAGGACUCCCAGCCUCCCGGAGCCGUGCAAAAGGCUUAUGCUCACCCUGCUUGGAUUCCCUUGGCCCGCGAUUGGGGCGGCAACCUUCUUGCGAUCGAUCUUGCCCCCGGUCCCGCUGGUAAAUGGGGCCAGGUCAUCAUUUUCGGCCGUGACUAUGAUUGUAAAUACGUGGUUGCGCGUUCCUGGGCGGCUUUCCUGGCCACCUUCGCCGACGACCUCUGCAGCGGCCGAACCAUCGUUGACGAGGAGACCAACGAGAUGAAACUCAAGGAAUUCAAGUCGCAGAAUGUCGAGCCGCCAUACAUGGAGGUUCUGCGGUGGAGAGUUGACCAGAAGUACGGCCGCCGCCCACCGCGCAGACGUGGCCCCAACGGACUGGGUGUGAAUGCAUCCGGUAAAGGAUCCACCCGAGAUUCACCCUACGGCAGCCCGACUCGCGCUGAGGAGCGUGGCCGAUCUCCCAACCGCUUCCCUAACCGUGGACCUGCCCAGAGCCCCAAGACUCCCUUCGGUAUGUCCAGCCCUCUUGCCCGGGUGACCGAGGAAGGUCCCGCUGGUUCGGCUGGACCUACGAUCUCUGAAGAUAUCCAAGAGAGCAAGGAAGAUGCCACAGAAGAUUUGCUGGAGGUGACCACCCCGCAAAUCUCCAAUAAGGAGAAUGAAGGGUUCCCCGAGUCCAAGCCCUCUGAAGAAAAGUCAGAGAAGAACGAUGAACCCGUUGAAUCAUCCAAUUCCCUAGACUCCGAGGUCCUUGGAGAGAUGAAGAACGUGGCUAUUUAG